AGGCUCAAGGAAAGAAUGGUGGCGACAUGGACGGUGGAGGAAGAAAUGACCACAAUGAGGCAACGUUCAGGCGCAGAAAUGAGAAAGAAGCUGGAAUGGUACGAUCUGAUGGCCAUGGGAGUUGGAGGAAUGCUUGGAGCAGGAGUUUUUGUGACCACGGGCACCGUUGCCCAUCAAAAUUCGGGCCCUGCAGUCGUGUUGUCCUACAUCGUUGCGGGCGUCUCUGCAUUGCUCUCAGCUUUCUGUUACACGGAAUUUGCAGUAGAAAUGCCAGUCGCAGGAGGUGCAUUCAGUUAUCUGCGCAUCACAUUUGGCGAAUUUGCGGGAUAUUUUGCUGGAGCUAAUCUUGUGCUCGAGUACGUGUUGUCUAAUGCUGCGGUUGCCCGCAGUUUUACCUCGUAUUUCUCUAAUAUCUUUGGUGUUAGCAAUGGAGAUGCUUGGCGAAUUAGAGCUGAGGGCUUGGCUGAUGGUUACAAUAUGCUCGACUUUCCGGCAGUCGCUCUGGUUAUGUUGUUGACUCUAUGCAUUUGUCGCAGCACAAAAGAGAGCUCUGUUGUGAACAUGGCGGCAACUCUGUUCCACCUGCUCAUGUUUGCAUUUAUCAUUGUUGCCGGAUUUGCUAAUGGGCACUUUCACAACCUGACAAGGCCUUCAGGAUUCGCUCCUUACGGCGCCAAAGGAGUUUUCGAAGGAGCUGCAAUCGUUUAUUUUAGCUAUAUUGGGUAUGAUUCAGUAUCAACUCUAGCAGAGGAAAUAAAGCGUCCGGCCCAGAGCCUUCCGCUCGGUGUUUCGGGCUCUGUUAUUAUCGUUUCUCUGGUCUACUGCCUGGUGGCCCUCUCACUCUGCGUUCUUGUGCCUUAUGAUCAGAUAAGUACAUCGGCGGCUUUCAGCGAGGCGUUCAAGAAAUCAGUGGGCUGGAGGUGGGGCUCAAACGUGGUGGCAGUUGGGGCUGCAUUGGGAAUAUUAACGUCGCUUCUGGUGGCCAUGCUUGGGCAGGCCAGGUACUUGUGCGUGUUUGGGAGAGCUCAUUUAAUUCCCUCAUGGUUUGCACGAGUCCAUCCCAAAACAGGCACGCCAAUCAAUGCCACUCUUUGUCUAGGAUUUUGUACAGCAGCAAUUGCCUUGUUCACAGAGCUGUCAAUUGUACUCAACAUGAUUUCAAUUGGAACUCUUGUGGUAUUCUACGUUGUGGCCAAUGCUCUCAUCUACCAUAGACAUGUUCACAAGGGAGCCACGAAGCCCUUGCCUACACUCGCAUUUCUAACACUCUUUUCAUUAAGUGCCACUGGAUUUGCACUCUGUUGGCAGCUAGAGAAGCACGGCUUGUGGGGUUUGUUAACAUUUGGCAGCCUUUCGGUUCUACUCAUCACUGCUUUCAAAUUGACUGUGCCCAUUGUACAUCACCCAAAAGACUGGGGAGUUCCACUAAUGCCAUGGUUUCCAGCAGCUUCCAUAUUCCUCAAUGUCUUCUUGCUAAGCACUCUAGACAGGUGGUCCUAUGCCAGAUUUGGCCUAUGGACCAUAUUUCUACUCUUUUUCUAUAUCUUUUUCAGUGUGCAUGCAACCCACGAUGCCGAGGCGAGCUCUAAACAAGACCAUGCAACAACCAUGCAAGACGUCCACAACAAGGACGUGGGGGUCUCAACUGGUAGAGAUGAUCAAUGUAAUUCAGAGAGUCGACUUGAGUAG